AUGGUGGUGGAUCCCACAGCUCCGGAUGCUCCAGUGCUGCCUGCCACGGGCACGUCUUGUGCAGAGGAGCAUGUGCAAAAACAGUGCGGCUUGAGYGGCCGUGAUCCCGCUUUGUACCGGCUUGUAUUCCCGGUAUUUACCCUGGCCGCUGGGCUGGGAUACUCGCUAUGGGGCAGGACUCCCUUGCGGGGGUGGCGUUGCCCGGUCCGCGGGGCCGUCGGGGGCCGUCGGGGGCCGUCGGGGGCCGUCGGGGCCGCCAGGCCGGGCGGCUCUCACGCUGCGUCCCCGCGCAGGGCCCGUCAGAGCGGCGGCAAAGUGCGGCACAAGCGGCAGGCACUGCAGGACAUGGCGCGCCCGCUGAAGCAGUGGCUCUACAAGCACCGCGACAACCCUUACCCCACCAAGACCGAGAAGAUCCUGCUGGCCCUCGGCUCCCAGAUGACCCUGGUGCAGGUAUCAAACUGGUUUGCCAAUGCAAGACGUCGCCUUAAGAAUACGGUCAGGCAGCCAGAUCUUAGCUGGGCUUUGCGAAUAAAACUGUACAACAAAUAUGUUCAAGGAAACGCGGAAAGACUUAGCGUAAGCAGUGAUGAUUCCUGCUCUGAAGAUGGAGAAAAUCCUCCAAGAAAUCAUAUGAAUGAAGGGGGAUAUAGCAAACCGGUUCACCAUACUGUGAUUAAAACUGAAAGCUCGGUAAUAAAAACAGGAGUGAGACCAGAGCCAAGUGCCAGCGAGGAUUACGUGUCACCCCCCAAAUACAAGAGCAGCUUGUUGAAUCGCUACCUGAAUGACUCAUUGAGACAUGUCAUGGCUACUAACGCUGCUAUGAUGGAGAAAACGAGGCAAAGGAAUCACUCUGGGUCGUUUAGUUCCAAUGAAUUUGAAGAGGAGUUGGUGUCUCCGUCGUCAUCAGAGACCGAGGGCAACUUUGUCUACCGGACAGAAACUCUUGAGAAUGGACCAAAUAAGUGUGAAAGCGCAGCUAACAGAAAAGGAACCAGCAAAGAUGAAACAUACUGGAAGGAGAUCAACGCAGCUAUGGCCCUAACGAACCUUGCCCAAGGGAAGGAUAAACUGCAAGGGACUACCAGCUGCAUCAUUCAGAAAUCAUCACAUAUAUCAGAAGUAAAGACUGUUAAAGUGCCAUUAGUUCAGCAGUUUUAAGAGAUGGGUCCUGUUUCUUCUUCCCGUCAAAUGGACGUUUUCCUCACAGGAUUGGUUUUCAGUAAAAUCAGAUUCACAGAUAUGAGGCAAAUGUGGAAAAUAAGCCCCUUUUUACAGUACGGUCAGUUUAAAAAAGAAAAACAUUCCUUCAGACUCAGAUGUUUUCAUUGUGUUAAAUGAAAUGUUCAAUUGCUUCUAUAAAAGGCAUGUAAAUUAUAAAAACCUGUUUUUAUCAAAACAUUAACUUAUUUUAUGUUAAUCAAAGUGCGCAUAAGAUGUUUGCAUUGCUAUUACAGUAAGUGCCUUGCUUUCAAGAAAUAAGCUAUAACGUGGGCAUAGUACAACACUAUUAUGCCUCAAAAUGAUAAUGCCAUAAUGCUUAACCUUUGUAUAUUAUUCCAAGUGGGCUUAAGCAGCCUAGGGCUAAACACAUUACUGCUGGAGGCCCUGGAGAAUUGUGCUUAUUUGCCUUGUACAAAUUGAGUCUUAAUGGAAUUGUUACAUCAGUCUCUCUUUUUUUAACCAGUGUUAUAAAAAUUGUACAGUAUGUUUCGUCAAAGUGACAAUGAGGUUGUUAUGCAUGUUUCUCACCUGCAGUUUAUUAAAAUACCAAAAUCAUUCCUUUGAAAAGUGCAAUACUCUAGAACACACGAAUUUAGGAAAUAUGUUGACUGCUCCAAUUAUUUUGAACUUACACAUUUGCUCCCAGACAUGUUGUCCAUUAAAGAUUUAUAGUUGAGAAGGUUCAAGCCAGACUAUCCGUAAAUUCAAGUUGAAUUUCUAUCCUUUCAAGGUUUUGUUAGUGACUUCAAUUGAAGUUUUGAUGUAAGUAAACAAAAUUGAUUGCUAAGUCCAUAGAGCAGUUCCUGAUUUGCAAUGAAGCUCAAAAAGUUUCCGUGAUACACAUUUUACUUUAAUGUGUUUUAAAUGCUUUUU